UCGAAACCGAUUGAACCGUUGGCAACGUGCAGUACAGUGAGUGUUCACAGCGUUUGGCGCUUCGCAUGAGGGAGAGUGCGCGUUCGUGGGUUCGCGCACGUUGUGCCGGCACGCUACGAGUCGUGAGUCGCCGCGGUAGUCGUCGGGCGUCCCGCGAUCCGUUCGUUCAGCAGCGCGUCUCCGGGCAGUCGCCGCUGUUUUACUCGCGACGCGGGCGAGUCGAUACACGUGCGUCCCGAAGUUAUUGUUUACGUAACGUCGUACGCGAUCACUACGAACGCGCAUCGCCACCUGUUAUGUAACCGCACGACGCUCGUACUAUACGCAGCCCUAAAACAAAGCCGACAGCAACGUGAAUCGAACGCACGUCGCAGGACCACCACCAGGAGCGGGUAAACAAAGCCGCGCACGCUUUGCGCCCCCCACAACGAAGAUAAAACGCAAGUGCCGCGCAAGUUACACGGGCGCGACAUAACUCGAUUACAUAAUUUCCCGCCCUGUGAUUUACCGAAAUUCGACGCAUUUGCGGUGAGUGUUUCCGGAAUGUUGGCUGGACGUGGUGCAAACAGACAAUGAGCUUGUUACACAAUAUACACGCGUGGUGCGCGAGUUUACGGGAUGAAACGACCGCAGGAACACGUUGAUCUGAUCCAGUGAGUGCGCAUCUGGAGCGCAUCGUUGAGCUUACACAACUAUGGAAUCACACUGUGAUAAAUUACAUAACGCUUCGGCGUUCCCGACGCCGCGGCCCAUCCGGACGCGGAGCAAAUCUCGCAGGAGUAAAACGAAAGCAACGGAUUCUUCAGCAGCAGCCAAGGCGUUCGCCAAUUUUGGGCGGGCAUUGCACGAAGUGAUUGAAAAUCGCCGCGCUUUGUUCACCUGCCCAAUGUGCAGGCGUAUCCUGUCGGUGCCGGUGACGGGCGAAUGUGGCCACACGUUUUGCGCCGCCUGCGUCGAAACCACCAGCAGGUGCACGACGUGCAACCACGAAGACACUGCGGAGGCUUCGAGUCGCAGGGUCAACGUGCUCGUGCAGGAUAUUUGCAACAAAUGGAGGGAAACGCAUCCGAAGCAAUUAGAUUGCAGUAAUUCUUCGGCGGAUAUCUUGGGCUUUGAACCGCGUUACACGCUGCGGUCUCGCCAGGUUGGCCUUCUUGCACGAAACAAAAAUCAGGACGCUAUCGUAACGCGGACUGUCAGACUGCUGCUCACCAAGAGCAUCAGUGAACGGCGAAGAGACAAACGGAUUUCUGAACGUGAACUAGAUAGAAUCUUACAUUGCGUGAACCUGACCAAAGAAAGGCAUUUAAAAGAAUCCUGGAAACAUCUAGAAGUCGCAGAUCUCGAAUGUGUCCUGUGCAGUCGUGUUUUUCACGAACCAGUGACAACCAACUGCGGGCAUACUUUCUGUAAAUGUUGCCUUGCACGUGUCAUUGACCAUGGUCUUGGCUGCCCACUGUGCAUGUCUCCACUCAACCCUUUCGAGGAAUCCAACGGCAUUACUAAAUGCAUCGACGAUGCUGUGCGCUUUCUUUAUCCGAGAGCGUAUGCUGAACGCGUGCGCGCCAUGCACAGAGAACUUAAGGCGACCAACUCCCUGCCGGUCUUUGUGUGCACCAACGCUUUCCCGGGCGUUGCUUGUCCUCUCUAUGUUUACGAACCUCGCUAUCGUCUUUUAGCACGACGUUGUCUGCAAAGUAAGCAGCGACGAUUUGCCAUGGUGGCACGCAUGGAAAACACUCCUGAAAAAUUUGCGCCCUAUGGAACUAUUCUUGAAGUUAAGGAUGCCGUUCAUUUGCAUAAUGGCACCUCCAUUUUGACCACCAUUGGGGUAAGAAGAUUCAAAGUCACUUCCAAGGGUGAACAAGACGGCUAUGACACCGCAAGGGUUCAAUACAUUGAAGAUAUAAAGGUUUCAUCAGAGAAGUUGCCUGAAAUUUUAGAGUUACAUGAAAAAGUAUAUCAAAAAGCAGCAAGGUGGGUCAAGUCAUUGACGCCUAGAGUACUUGCUGAGGUGGAAAACUGUAUUGGAGAGAUGCCACCUUUAGAACAACAGUGGUUUAAUAUACCAGAUGGUCCAGCUUGGGCGUGGUGGCUUAUGCCAAUAUUACCUCUAUCUUCAAAGCUACAAAUUGGUUUCCUAUGCACUACCAGUUUGGAGAAGCGUCUUCGCGCCAUCGACAAGCUCCUGGAACACAUGAAGAUAAAAAUGCGGGCUUUAAAACGAAAUACGUUGAAGUGCACUGACACUGUCGAGAACUCAGACUCUUGUCGAAUGUGGUUGGUUUGAAGUGUGAAUAUAUACACAUGCUUCCACUACCAACAGCAAACUCAAUUAAACACAAAAGGAUAAAUGCCUUAACUUUACCGACAGAUAGAAGAGGAAGCUUAUGAUUCUAUUAAAGACUAAAAACGUUAGCCUUACCUGUACACUCUAUCGCUCAUAUUUGUAAUCCUACAUUCUGUGACUCCGAACAAUCAUGUAGUUUAGUUUAUAUGUUGAGCUAGAGUAGUCCUUGUAGUAUCUAGCUGAAAUGUAGCUUAGUCUUUUCUACUUCUUCAAUAGCUACAUAAGGGAUAACGAAACUUUGACCACUUUUUCACGUUAGAUUUCUCGAAUCGUAGAUUACAGUCGCGUAAAUUUGAAAGGUUUGUACGUCAAGAUUGGUGGCUUUGCAAAAAUUAUGCGAAAAUAGGAUAUUGUUUAUAUACGCAUAUACAUAUUCCGCGCCAGACUGACAACACAUAUUAUUUCUAUAUUAGUGUGUAGUGAUCUAUUUCCAGAGUGUAAUUGUGGGCAAAAUGGUAACGGCGACAAUCUACUACCAAGCCAAAAACAUCAUUCUUUUUGCUCACCAGUACCCGGCGAUGUUGUAACAACUUCAUAUCAUUCACAAACGUAAAACGUAAACGAUGCAAAUUACUAAAUUGAACUGUUUAUAGUUCCACUAGGGUACUGGUUUGUUUUGUAUUUAAUAAUGUUGAUAUUGUUUGCUUUUCUGAUAUAAUUGCAUGUUAUUGAGCGACAGCCAUCGACAUCAUAAUAAAGCAAUAAAUUACGAAACAACAUCUCAACAUAUGCAGUGUGUAAAUCUACGUAAAUGUAUUCACUGCACAGUCUAGUAAACAAUGAAGCGCGUCGAGUGCGUCGUAAUAACCUUUCUACAAAUUAUUUAAAACAAUGUAUGGCCGCCAAUGUUGACCUGAUAAUUUACUAAUGAUGACCAAUAACUUUAUACUUAAUGCAGAUACUCAUUUUUUUACUUUUUCGAGUAUGUUUAAGAAUGAAGUUAGAAUACAAGUAGCCAAGAAAACGAAUUCAUUUUUAAUAUGGGAUGAUAUUUAUUUUUUAACUAUUUGUAUAUUGCUAUUAAGUGAAACAAAACGGAUGGAAUCGUAGAUUUAGUUUACAUAUGUAGUAAAUUAUUUUUAUUUAUUUGUCAGCCGUUAAGUUAGAAUUAACUUUUGUUUUAAAUUUAUAGAUGUAUUUGUUUCAAGAUGAUUUGUUUCACAUUCAAGAUAUUCGAAGGAACACUAAAACGCGGAAUGAAUAUAUGUAAUGGCGACCUUGAAUUUUAUCUGCUAAUUAACAUUUAAUUCCUAAAAGCAUAUAGAAGUAUUUACAUAUGUGUUAUUUAUUGCAAGAAGGAGUUAGUAAGAGUUAAGACGGCAAACGAGAAGAGUUGAAUUUCAUAUGUUCUUCGAUGCUCUUAAGAAUCUUGUCAUUCCUAUGUAAACUUAAUAAAACAUUAAUUUUUA